UGAAACACAUAAUUGUUUUUAUUUCGCUAAAAAUUGUUUACAAAGUUAAUGUUGUUGAAAUACUGUAAGAUUAUUACACCUAUGAAGUAUUGUGAAUAACAUGGGUGAUUAUUCACGACAAAAUUAAGAUUUCUCUAGCAAGGGUCGCCCGCAUUGCUUUAACAAAAUGAUAAAGUUUUGGAAAAGUGCAGCAAAGGGCAAAAGCGGGUGCCCUGUACGACCUCCUGAGAAGACUUCUGAAACUACUGUUGAUUUCAAUAACAUACUAAAUAGUACGCAAUUUCUUCAUGACAUUAAAGAUUCUGAAGAUAUUUUUGAAAAGAAAUCCAAGUUGUCCUUGUCAUUAAAUGACACUCUCCUUAAAAGAAAAGCAACUACGUAUUUUAUGCAAUACAUGGAAACCAUCGGACAACAUUUACUUGUUAAAUGUUGGCUAGAUUUGGAAGAUUUCAAAUCACACUUUAGAAAUACAGACAAUGUUAGAAAAAAUAAUUUUGUAUUCUGUAAAACUCAGAGCUGUGAUCUAUAUUGUGAUCACAGUCAUUUACAGUCCAAAAUUGAGCGCAAGGAAAAAAUCUCACAAAAAGCCAACUGUCACAACACUGUAAUAAACACAAAUAAUACAAAUAUAACAGUGUUAUCUUCUACUAGUUCAUGUGGAAGUUUAUUUGACCAGGUAGUGCUAAAUAUGUACGGGAAUAAUAAAAAAUCUCAAAAUUCCACUGAAGAAGCUGUAAAUUUAUUCAAAAAGUAUAUAGCUUUAGAAGCACCAUAUCAGAUAGGUAUACCUGAUAAUGUAAGAAAAUCAGUGAUAACAAAUAUUUGUCAUGUGGAUGGACCGACUGAAGACUGUUUUAAGUCAGUGCAAGAUAUGUUAUUUACUCGAAUCGAAGAAAAUCAUUUUGGUGACUUCCUCAAUACUCCACUUUAUAUCAAAGCACAAAUAGAUAUACUCACAAAUGGCUCUCUCCAAUUGAAAGAUAUUUUAUACAAUGACACACUCUUAUUUUACUUCACUGAAUAUUUGGAACAAGAAUCUUGUAGGAUAUUGCUUGAAUUUUUAAUGGCCAUUAUACAUUUCAGAGAUAACUUAAUCAAUAAUAAUAAUGAUAAUACUGAUCAAGCUCAAGCUGACGCCAUUGUAAUAUACGAAAAAUACUUUUCCUUACAAGCAACUAACCCACUUGGUUUCCCAACAGAUAUUAGACUUAAAAUCGAGAGUGAAAUAUGUAGAGAAAACGGACCUCAGUAUGAUUGUUUUGAUCUGCCUUAUCGAAUAGUUUAUAUGACAGUUACCCAUUAUGUGAAAACAUUUCUAGAAUCCAACAUGUACUAUAAAUAUCUUUCAGAAAUGAUCCACUCUGUGGAUUAUAAUAUGUCAUCGCUAAAUCAUAAGUCUUAUUCUGACUGUAGCAGUGAAUAUAGUGUCAGUACACAAAAUACAUUGCUGGCAAUGGGGGAUCCAGUCUUCCGAAGAAAAAAACGUAACCACUCUGUACCUGAUAUGACGAUAGACUCUAAUCAGCUUUACAAUGCAGAUUCACUAUGGAAAAGAACUAGACAUGAAGGCCUUACUUUAGGAAGAAUAAAUAGUUUAGGUAGGUUUGAAUCCAAGUUUGAACCAGAUCCAGACAAAAAGGAAUCUGUUUUAAAAAAAAUGGUAAAUCGCUUUGUGCCAAUAAGUACGUCUAAAGUAGAAGAAGAAAUGGCUUGGCAAAUAGCCCACAUGAUUGUAAAAGAUGUAACAGAUCUGACUAUGGCACCACCAGAUAAUGAAGAAGAAGAAAUGUAAAGAAAUGUGAUAAUUGUCAUAAAAAUUGUAAUUAAUAUAUUUUGUACAUUAGAAAUUAAAGACUUACCAAGUAAAUGUUGAUUGAAAAUAAAUAUUAAUUUUUAGAUA